CAGGAACUUGUGCGAGUGUGGGGUAGCGAAGCGAUGGACGUUGUGCGACGAUUCAGUGCACUUUUGAUUAUAAUUGGCCGUUUGAGGGCAGUCUUGAUGUCCUGGCUUCUCGCAGCAAGAGUCGGGUUUCUUCUGUUGAAUGCGUUACAGGACCUGUAUGUUUGUCAAACCCUCACUCACUUGAAUCCUAACUACAACAGUAUGUCUCCAUUUUUGGCCACUCUGCGUAUGAGAUUAAAUCGCCGACGAGCCUGAUCGUGAGAACGGCAACGGGCUCAGAUGCAGAUGAGUUCUUCGACCUCACGACGAAAUCAGAAAACUUCACAUUCGAGGAACCUGAGAAGGGAUCUUACACUCGAAGAAAAAAAGAAAAAAGAAAAAAGAAAGAAAACUUUGCGUUCGUAAAUUCGCC